CCGCCUUCCAUUUUCUUAUUAUAGCGUAAACAAUUCAGUAAUGAGGAUGCGAAGGUGGAAUUUGUAAAACUGUAUUCAGUUAACCCAAGGCCAUGGAACCUCUGGAUAAACCUCGAAACCCUCGAUCUCCAAAUUCUCUUGAACGUGACAUUGAGAGUAAACCCGAAUUGAGCUACAGCCGCGCGGACGGGGCCAUGGAACCUCUGGAUGAGCCUCGAAGCGUUCCGCCUCCAGAUUCGCUUGAGCGUGAUAUUGAGUGUAAUCCCGCAUUGAGCGACACCCGCCCGGAAGGGGCCAUGGAACCUCUGGAUGAGCCUCGAAGCGUCCCGCCUCCAGAUUCUCUUGAGCGAGAUAUUGAGGGUAAACCCACACUGAUCGACAGCGAAGGGGCUAUGGAACCUCUGAAUGAGCCUCGAAACCCUCGGUCUCUACUUGCUAUUGAGCGUUUUAACCUCCACAUGUCAAUGAUAUGCAGGCCUAAAUGCAGUAAGUCUCGAAACUCUCGGUCUCCAAGUCCUAAUGAGCGUGAUAUUGAGUCUACGCCCGCAUUGAGCGGCAGCCGCCCGGAAGGUGGCUUUCGAACACGAGAAAUGAACUUCAAUUCUCCAACUUUUUCAAGUGAUCUUUUUGAACAUCCAAUUAUGCUGGCCAAAGAAAAAAAAAAGACCCAACGCCGAAUAUAUUUUAGUAGAAGUUCAAUUGCAGCCAGGCAAAAAGGUUUUGACCAAAGUAUGCCAGAAGCUGGAAAGGAAAUUUCACUUUCUCCCGGUAGAUGGCCUAGCAUUGUACAUCAUUGUACACAAGCCAAGGAAAUUUGGGUCCAGUAUCACCAACUUUUACCUCAGUUUGGUCUUCGAUUGAAUGAGGAUACAUUUCGCAUCGAGAAGGAAUUUCUGUCAAAUUUUAACAAUGAAUUUGUCAACUUUGCAUUUGUCGGAUUGACACCAACUAAACGUUCGUCGAUUUCAAAAAUGAUUUUGAAUAUGAUUUCGAAUGAUGCAAACCUUGCAACAAUUUUCGACCACGCUGAAAGCAGAUCCAGAGUUUUUGAGAACAUUUGCUCUCGAAAUCAGAUUGCACCCCUGGUUAUCAUAUCCAAUGUUGAUGCGGAAAAAUCAGCAUUUCUUUAUGCCGAAAAAUACAGAUAUGCAAUCAAACCUGAAAGGGAGUGCGUUGUUGUUGUUGUAUGCAAAAAUAAGCAAUGCAGUCAUAACGAAAGAGACUUGAACCGAUUAAUCGCUUACACUUGUGAAAGGAAGGUGACAAUGAUACAGAAGGAUAUUUCGAUACUGCUUAAACGAUGGACGUACAAGAUACUGGCUCAAAGAAUAAAUGCAAUGAAGAUACUUUUUGAUUCCAUGAAAGAUUGUCAAUUGCCUACCUCUGAAUGUAUUCAGCAAUUAUGUGUCCAUGGAAUUGAGAAGGAAGAUGGAGCAGUUCAACACAUCGAUGACCGAAUACGUUCUGUACGAAAACUGAAAGAACUCUUAGAAGAAAGUCGAGAAACCAUAUACCCCUUGAGGAUUUCCAAGGAUUUGCUCCGGAAUUGCGAAGACCAAAUGAAAAGAUGCUCAAACAAAUUUCGAAAUCUGAUUAUGUCAUUGGAUGUGGCGACAGAUUCGGCACACUUCUGAUAUUGAUUGACGAAUAGGUAGAAAACAGAGAAACAAUUGAAAAGAAACUGAUAGCAGAAUUGAAGGUUUU